GGUUAAACAGGUAGGUAGGAGAACAAGGAAGUGAGGGGCGCGUGAUCCAUGUGGGCGGGUGCAGGUUCAGGUGAAGGUGCACUGUUUGUUCCCACUCUGGAUCCGUACAAGAUCGUACCGGCGUUAAUAUGGUGCGUACUGGUCUCACUGGUCUCCCGGGAUUUUUACUAAAGAGGAGGAGAGAAGAGAAAAGCCGGUGAAUACAGGAAGUGCUUUCAAAUAGGGUCGCGCAAAAGUAAAAGCUUAGAUUUAAUGGAGAGCAGGAAGUGCUUAAAACACAUCUUUAUCUCCAUCCUGGGAGCAGUGACAGUCUUCUUCAUCUAUCUCAACUGUAACUGGAAGUUGGAGGUCAUCGAUAUUCCAGCAGCAGCAGCACCAGGAGAAUCACGAUGGGAGGAUCCUGGGCCGUAUCAUGUGGCCUACCCGCGAAACUACAAAUUCAUCAUGGAUGACACAGCGACGUGCAAGACCACGACUCCAUUCCUGGUCCUGAUGGUGCCAGUUGCGGCCAAUGACGUGGCAGCUAGAGACACCAUCCGGAAGACAUGGGGGAACGAGACACUGGUUUUGGGUCAGCAGAUCGAAAUUCUCUUCAUAGUGGGCCUGCCGGGGGGAGCUGAUGCUGAGCAACAGCAGGAGAAGCUCAAACAGGAGAACCUGCAGCAUCAUGACCUGAUCCAGGCUAACUUCCAGGACAGCUACCACAAUCUGACCAUCAAGACGAUGAUGAUGCUGGAGUGGCUGGCUGUGCACUGCGUCAAGGCCUCCUAUGUCAUGAAGGUUGACUCCGAUAUUUUACUGCAUGUCCAGAAUUUGGUGAAACUGUUGCUGAGUCCCAGCGCAGCCAAAAAAAACUACAUGACAGGUUUGGUGUGGUGGCACAGCCCGGUUUUAAGGAAUCCAUUCAUAAAGUUCUACAUGCCGAGAAGUGUAAUCGCAGAGUCAGAGUAUCCCCCAUAUCCUCUGGGGAUGGCCUACGUUAUGUCCCUGGACCUUCCUGCUAAGAUUCUGUCAGUCUCUCCUCAGAUUAAACCUAUCUACAUUGAAGAUGCCUACCUGGGAAUGUGCCUAAAAAACCUGAACAUUACGCCCACAGACCCUCCUGAACAGACGAUGUUCAUAGUGAACCCCAAACAUCCUCUGAGCGGCUGCAGCCUUUCAAAAGUCAUCGCCGUGACGACGACAAGCAUUCCACAGAUGACAAGUUACUGGGAGAGGAGCAGACAGCCAGAAGCUAAAUGUUAAACUUCAUCAGGUUUUGUAAGACUGAAUUAACCUUUUUUUGUGACUGAAUCUGAUUUUUUUUUUUACAUGAAUUAAAUGAAACAUAUUUGUCUGCAGAGAACAUGGAAGCACCUUGCUUCUUGGUUGGACAGUAAAAUGUCUCUUUGUAUAAAAGACAAAACUGAUUUAAGGGUUUUUGAACCGAGAACUUUUUUGUUACCAAGUAUACACCUGCGCCAGAUGGGCUAUAAGGACUUCCUGAGUUGCAUCAGCUCUCGUACACAGAUCCUUAACUGUAGUAGUAAACAUAAAGACUGAUUCUCUACAUCACCACAUUGUCACUUUUUAAGUUUUACAUUUUUUAAGUUAUUUUGCAGGUUGGUCUGAAACAUGUGUUGAACUCACAAUCAUUAAUGUUGAUUUCUUUUGGAAUUUUUACCUCGUAGACUGUGUAAAAUAAUAGACAUGCCCACCGGUUUGUGGACUACCAUUGCAAAGUGCUGAGUUAAGCAUUUUGGCCAUCACCAUCUUGUAUUUUUGGAGCCAAAAGUGAUUAUAUUUAUAUGAGAGGAUGGAGAUAACCUGAGCUGCUAACAUGGUUAGCAUGGUAUAUUUACAGCCAUGAUUAACUGUGAUAAUGCUAAUGCUAACUACUGCUUAAAAAUCAGGCUUAAAACAAAUGUAUUUUGCAGAAAAACUGAUUAUCCAAUUCCUUAAAGGGUCCUCUAGUACAACCGAGACUUUUGUGCGACCUGAAUUUAAAGUUAACUUUCAUAAACUUACAACACACUGAAAUAGCUACAGCUACACCUAGGCCUUUAGCUUUCUCCGUUAAUCUGGGGUUCUGCCAUGGUAAUGUUACCUAACUAACAUUUAGCUAUGAAUGACCCCCACCUGUCAAUCAAAGUGGACACGCCCUUAAUUAUCUAUAACUGCAAUUCUCGAUGAGUAAAAGAAAAACAAUACACUGCCGUACAGUUGUCAUGAUAAAAUUAACCAUAGAGACCAAAACUAAUUUGUGUUCCACUUAUUUCUGCUGUAAAGUUGGGCAUUUUAGCAGUGGGGGGAUUUUGAUAUUUAACUCACUCAUUUACAUAUUAUUAAGGUUGAAAGUAAAAAAAAUUCAAGAAUGGGCCAGCUUGUGUGACAGGCUGUCUGUGAGGCAUCGCUACAGUUUAUGAUCAGAUCCUGACAUUUAGCUUUAAUUCUUAAUGGAGUGACACUAUAGACAUAACAUAAUGGGUUAACUUAAAAAAAAGUUGCACAUACCAACACUGAACUGGGGAGGACUGAUUUCGAGAAGGCACCUCACUAGGAUACAUUGCAAAAUGCACUAAUUAAGCUGUAAUUGUUAAUGAUAUCUGUGGCUGUUUUAGUGUAUGUGUGUGUAGGUGAUAAUGACUUUGUGUGACUGAAUAGUUUCGAUGUUGCAUAGAGUAUAUGUAUUUUGUUCACACA